CACACACACAAACACACACUGGUCUUCUCCUCCUCCUUCAUGCAGCCUGCUGUAUCGAGAGACGGAAGAUGAAAAAGACGUUAAAGGGGGGAUAGUUUGGCUUUCUUAUUUUUCGACUGAACCGAGAAGGCGUUACGGACAGUGCAGAGCGCCGCGCGGAACAGAGGGAGACGCAUCACGGACGUAGAUGGAAAAGACGGAGGGGGGAGGCGACUGUGGAUCGUAAACACGACAGAAAACGGCGAAUAGAACGGCAGACAGCGGCGAUCACCCCCCACUGUCACCCCCGUGUUUCUUCCCAUCUCCAUCCUUUUGUGCGCGUUGGAACAGUCCGUUGUGCCUCUCGUUUCGUUUCUUCUUUUAAAACUGAAUUCACCGUCUUGGUUCGGUCUUUUGCGGCAUAAACAUCAGAGAGGCAAGAGAAGAGGCUGAGCGGACAGGACCCCCCCUCCCACACACACAAACACACACACACACACACACGAAACCGUACGUCCUGUUUGGGACGUUUUAAGCGGCGUGUCCGACCCGCUGGAUAAAACCAGAGAGAAGGAAACCCGAGGCGAGAUGUCUGCAGAGCAACCGGGGCUGAAGCAGAGACCUCGGCCCUGAUUAUCACCGAGCCUCCAGCAGCAUCACCAAUGCAAUGGCACAGUGGUUUCUGCCACAAAACGAACAGGCUUGACUCAGAUCAGCAGGGCUCUCAUCCACCAUGAACCUCUGAGAGACAAUCGACACAGGCACAGAUGGGCAGGAUCGCAAAGGAGAGGAAUGUUACAGCAGCCUGGUAACGACUACAGUCAUGUCUUGGCGCAGAGGUGCCAGGGUGCUCCUGAGUCUGCAGAAAAUACCCACAAGAUGCCGACGUUUACUUCAUUCGAUGAAAAUGCGGCGGCACAGAGUGUUCUUGCUGUGCACGGUGGGCCUGUGCGUCAUCUCCUUCCUUCAUUAUUACAAGGCCCUUCAUUACGUGUCCCUGCUGCGUGAACUCUCCGCUCCAUACCCCAACAUCAAGUCGUUCAUCAUGGUAACUGGCUUCUUCUGGAGGGAAAAGGGUGUGGCUUCCACACCGCUCAGCCCUGCCUCUCCUGAAGAGGCUCCUCCCUUACAUGUCCUCCGUCAACCUGGAGGAAGGGCAGGUCCUGUAGGAGGCGGAGGACAAAGUGAAGGACAGGACCUGGGGCUUGAGGGUGUAAGGAUUGAAGGUCUUGACCUUGCAGAACUUGAGAUGCAACCGAGGGAGGUGCCAGAGCCUCCCCAUCCCUGGGAAAAACCAGAAGCGAAUCAGUUGGAAAACCUACUCAAGGAGAGAAUUGAAGACCACCAUGCUAAGCCUGACAGACUAAACCUCCCAGAAGCACCAGUAAUAAGAAAAGAACAUGGAGUGGGGAUCCUCACAGAUAAAUUUUCAGACCCUGGACAAUCCAUGGGAGACCUUCAUACUCGCACUCACCAACUUCAAGAUGACAAAACACCAUACUUUGUCCGUACCAAAGCUGGAGCCCGUUGCUUCAAGCAGGGGACAGAGGUUGCUGCUCCAAAGGAGUACUCUGUAAAAUUAGGAGGUGCUGUGGCUAAUGAAGUCUGGGAAGUAAAACAAGCUGGAGCUGUGGCGCAGCGGAAAACUCUGGAACUGCACCAGAAGCCUUCCGUGUCUCCAAAGGCUAAAGUGAGAACCAGGGGCAACGGGAAAAGGCUGGUCAAGUGUGUUUGUCGGCCGGGAUGGCAUGGACCUUAUUGUGGGGUUCCCACUAUGGUGUACCACUCCAAUCUGCCAACGAAGGAGAGACUGACGCCCAGAGAGACCCCGCGGCGGGUGAUCAAUGCCAUCAACGUCAAUCAUGAGUUUGACCUGCUGCAUGUACGCUUUCAUGAGCUUGCACAGGCUGUAGAUUUGUUCCUUAUAUGCGAGUCUAACUUCACUGCCUAUGGAGAAAAGCGCCCUCUAAGUUUUCUGCGACUCCUCCUUAAUGGUACAUACGACUACAUACGUCACAAGAUCCUGUAUGUAUUCCUUGACCACUUCCCAGAGGGGGGUAAGCAGGAUGGCUGGAUAGCAGAUGACUAUUUGCGUACCUUCCUGACUCGCAAUGGCAUGUCCAGGGUGGCGGGUGCAAGAUCGAACGAUGUCUUCAUCAUUAACGAUGCAGAUGAAAUCCCAGCCUAUGAAGGUAUCCUUUUCCUCAAGCUGUUCGAUGGUUGGACAGAGCCUUUCGCCAUACACAUGCGCAAGUCAUUGUAUGGAUUUUUCUGGAAGCAGUUUGGGUCUUUGGAGGUGAUAUCAGGCUGCACUCUGGGGAUGCUCCACGAUGUCUACGACGGUGAUGGCAUCAAAUUGCGGCGCCGUGAAUAUUAUACCAUGCCUGGUUUCCGCAAGUAUGAAAACGACACCGGACAUAUCCUGGUGCAGUGGUCGGUGGGCAGCCCCGUCCACUUCGCUGGGUGGCACUGCUCCUGGUGCUUCACGCCCGAGGGAAUCCACUUCAAGCUGGUGUCAGCACAAAAUGGAGACUUCCCUCGGUGGGGCGACUACGAGGACAAACGCGACCUCAACUACAUCCGCAAACUGAUCCAGACAGGGGGCUGGUUUGAUGGCUCCCUGCAGGAAUAUCCACCUGUGGAUCCCAAAGAGCAUAUGUUUGCUCCCAAGCACAUGCUGGAACACUAUGACAGGUACCACUACCUCCUGGAGAACCCUUACAGAAAAGCGUCUGGACUUAACGAGGUCUAGGAGAAAUAUGUGGGUGAAAAUAUGUGAAGUAACUGGUAUGGCCCGAGUGAGGCCUUGGCACUGAGCUUUGGGAAUUAAAUGGUACAGAUGAAUGACAUUUGGAGCUAAAUGUAUUUCCACCAGGCAACAUUGAUGUUGCAGGGAUUCAAAAUCUCUUAAAAGUCAUUAUUUUGGAGUAAAAAUAAAAAACAAAAACAAAAAGGGAACACUGAAUCACAUCAACCAUGUAUUUGCAGAAAGAGCAUUGAGAGGGUGCAACCACUGGAUAAAUAGAAUAAAAAAUGUCCCCAACCUCCCACUUUUAUUUUUUUUUAUUUUCAGGAAGAGUCAAAGCUUUGUCUUAUUGUCAUCUGGCCUGUUUCCUUGCUGUCUUCACCUGUCAGUUGGACACACCUGUUCUUUUGAGAGAAAGGGGCAGGCAUGUUAAACCUGUGGAGAUUAAAAAAAAAAAAAAGCAAAGUACUGCUUUUGUUUAUCUACUUUUACAGAGCAGCUGAUGUUUCUACGUCCCUCCACACCUUCAGAUGUCUCCCUAUUCAGUGACCUUCUUCCAGAACCAGUCUAUAUUUCAGAUAUUACAUUGUUCUUGGGUCUCAGUAGAAAACGCCUUUUUCAACUGCGCCAAAUUAGAAGAAAAUCUCUGUGGGGAGAUUUCUACUCAUUCAUCUACUCCCAUUCAUGUGUUCAUAAAUGGUGUGCGUGCUUUGUCUUUGUGUUGUGCAGUUUUGGGCUAUGACCUGUGGUGGCAGGGCGGGGGGGCAAGAUCAAUGAGAGGGAAAGGAGGACAAAAAGGAAACAUUCUCGAAGGAGGCAAAUUUCAAAAAGUGAAAACAAUGCAAAUGUGUGUAAAUGUUUUUUCCAGAGGUUAGACAGAUGUGAAUAAAUCAUACCCUGGUCCUUUAUCACUUCUCCUGUCAGAAAACCAUUGAGUCUGUUUGAGGGAGGAUCAGCCCUCAGAUUUUUGUCUGUGUCCAGCAGCUGAAAUAACUUUGUUUCCCAGGAAACUAACUUAUGUGAAAAAGGAAGAUGGGAUCAAGUUUGAGAUGAGUGGGUGGGUUCACAUCAGUCAAGUAGCCACAGUCUACAGAUGAGGUCAGCUCUAAGUCCUGUUAGUUAAAUAUUCAGUUUUAUACUCAGCUGUAAAUUGUAGAAUGACUUGGUAUGAAUCUUCUACGCAUUUUCUUUCUCCUGUCGUUUUUCUGCUUGCAUUGCUCUGUUAAUUAGGAUUAUUUAAUUAAGGAUACUUUUCACUCUUUGGCUUGCUUAUCGUUCUGCUCUGAUUCAAAUAAGUUUAAAUCACCUGCUCAUCCUGUAAUUGUUUCACUCAUACAAUCAAACGCUUAUGCUGACUCCCGCUCCAUUUCAGCGUGCAUUUAUUGUCCAUUAUUCUCACAAGAAUGUUGCAUUUCAGUAAUAGGGAUGUAGUUAUUUUCUCUUUGCCUCAUUUCUCUCUCCCUGUCUCCAUGGGACAAGGAGAGAGUAGUUACCAUGGUGAUGCCCCAUGAUCAGUAACAUCUUACCGUUCAGGCAUGAGCACUCAUGCCUGUUGUGCCUGUUGUCCUUUUUCUUGCUAUCCACAUGGCGAAAUGUCUCAAUUCCUCCCCAAAAUCAUUUUACAGUUGUUGAUGAUGGUGUGUCAUACUUGUCUGUGGUGGUGGGGGUAUCAGUGGUGGUCUGGGCUCUUGAAGGGAGAAAAAGAAUGCACGAAUCUACAAUAAUGCAAAUCAGUAAGAACAGAUAAAAACACAGCAAAUACAUGGAUUUUUCUUCUUACUAUAAAAUUGUUUGUUUCUACCAUCUGCUCCUUCAAGAUCUGUUAGAACUUUACACUUUACCUCAGCUUCAAGCAGAUUAUGCUUCAAAGUGAAGAGCUCAAAUGCUCAGGGAAGAAAUUUGAUGAGUUGCUAAGAGGUAACAAUAGGGCUGAGAUUGUAUCAGAAUCUUAACAAGUAAAGGUUUGACAGUGUAGCUUUGUUUUGACCUGGAAACAAAACACUACCACAGGUCUCAGAACACCUUGAUUUAAAUGUUCUGUUAUUUUCACCCACUUGCCGUGUUGCCCCCCCUUCACUUUUAAACAACAUCCUGUCUUUAAUUAUGAUUAAUAGGCAGUUCUUCUAAAACUUCUGAAAAGAAGAGCCUCCAUCCUGACUCUUCACAGCUGCAGUCACCUGGGUGACUGACGAUAUUUUCAGGUCUGUGAUGCUGCCUAUAUGGUAAUGCAGUCUCCAGCAGCAGCUGUUAGGGGUUUGGUGCUGGUGCCGGGAGCUAGAGUGCUGUUUAAAUCCUCAAGGGCUGCAGUGAAAUUGGCUGCAAAUGAGAUUUGAGAUGAGACAAGAAAAGAGGCAGCAAUGUAAAAUUUGGAUUAACCCUUAAUUAGAUUUCUUGCCUUCUGAAAGUGUAAUGAUUGAUGGAAGAUACUAUAAAUGAAACAGAAUUUUAUAGAGAGCUGGAGAAACUUGAUUCCUAGCACUUAAAUAAAUUCAUCUUGGAGAUGAUAAACCAUUAAAUCAGGGAACUGUGUUAAAGCCCUUUUAUUUAUCUGCUGUACUUUAAGUUAUCUCUCCUCCCCAAGAUGGAGCACGUUCAUGGUUAAAUUUAUGAAUGCCUUUUGGGGUUUUCAGCUAAUAAUUUGAAGCAGGCAAACUCAUCUAAUGAGAUUUCCACAAACCAAAUGUAACAUUUUCAUCUUUUAGCCUCUAUUCUGUCAAAUUGCAGACCUGCUUGGUACUGUUUGCAUAAAAGAAAAAGAAGUUUGUGUUUCAGUUAAACACCAUCUCAGAAAUGUAACCACAAGUGUGUCACAUCAAGGACUGGGUGGGUAUUUAUGAUUAAGCUCUGCCAAAAACUGUUCAACUCAAGUUAACUCCCACUUUCUGCCUACUGCAAUCAGGCUGCACAUCUGGAGAACAGCGCAUGUGUUUGCAUAUCUACAUAUGUAUAUUGUAUGCGUGCGUGUGUGUGUGUGCGACUCCUGCCAAAUAAAUGUGUCAAUGAAACACUAGCCAGGGUUACUUCUCAUUGCCUGUUGCCUCUUAUCACCAUGGCAACAGUCCCUGGUUGAGUUCCUGAGAUCCAGAACAGCCUGAGGUCAUCUACCAAAGUUGCAGAGCAGUAGUGUAAGGGGUGCAGGAGUGUAGGGGCCAACAUUCAGAAAAUCUUUCCUUCUUAAUGCCACUUGCAGACCCUAACUAGAGUAAAACACCAAACAUGUCAGAACUCUGAGAAGCAUGACACAUGCACACCACCUCUGUGUUUUACUUUGAUUUGUGACAGUAUGCUGAUGAAAUGUGCAAGAAACAGGAAACAUAGACUUGAAAAAUGCCUUUGUAGCACAAUCCGGGAAUCAAAUGUAGGUAGGUGAAGGAAACUUUUUUUUGUCAUACUUAAAACUGGAAAAACAAGAGAAAAAACAUCUCCCUCUUAUAAACAAACACAGGGCUUGUUAAUAGAAAUUAAAAUCCAGAAAGACCUCUACAUCAAGUUUCAUGUUAGAGGCUUAUUACAGGGUAAUAACCUUGACUUAACAACUUUGAUUUUUCCCGUUGAGGUAGAGUCAACACCAUGAUGAAAUGAAAACCAUCCAAAUGAAAGAAGCAGCACAUCAUCUCUGUAAAAGAAAAUCUAUAAAGCAGUGAUGGGUUAAGUUAGGAUGGGUUGCAAUGUUUUGUCGCUGUCUAAGCCAUCUCCACAGGCUUACACAGAAUUUUAAAAAGUCUAAUCUCCAGCUUGGAGGUUCUGUCUUGCUUAAGAGCACUUCAGCAGAUUGUCGCCACUUGACAAAUGUUAGAAGCACUGAUGCAUUUAUGAAGACAUUCAAAUAGCUAAUCUGCUCAGAGCUGUAAUUUUUGUUCAUGAUCACACCUAAAAUCUGUAAAGUAAAAAGCAGUAAUGAGGUCUUGAAUGAAAUAUUUACCCAUCUCUCAAAUGAUGAUAGAUUUUAGGCACUUGUCACUAAGCAUUUGUACAGACUUUACACCUGUAUCUAGGCUCCCACUCUUUCUUUUGCAGUAAUUUAUUCAGUUUUGAAAUCACCAUUUCCCCAAUGUCAGCAACACGUUAACAUGGAGGCAAGCAUCCACUCCUGAAAACGAAUGUGCUAAAGCAAAGCAAGCAGAUUAACACUGAAUGGACUGGGCAUAAAACAGAGUUCAGAGGCGUCUCCUCUCAGAGGAGAGGAGAGCAGUCAUAUAAAAGACCUCAAAGUAAGAAAUCAGCUAUUAGAAAAAUAAAACCACAAACAAUGAAUUCAUUGUCUUUGUGCUGUGUAAGGAGUGUUUGCAAUUGUAAGGUUUAGACACAGCAAUAAAAUGAUUGAACUCAAUCCAGAUCAGUCUAUUGUGCAAUAAUCCAGGGACUAAUUUGGGGGAAAAAUUACAUGGAUUGUCUUUUUUUUUAAUCCAUAAAAUCAUUGUAAAAUAAUAAAGCAGCGUAUUAUUUUAACCCUAAAGCUUUAGUAUGAUGGUGUAGGGAAGCUAAAAUAAAACUGCAGCUGAUUAUAACGUAGCUUUUUUGUUAGGAUUUCAUACCGUAUUCAACAUCAGUUGAAAGAUUUUACUAAAGACACAAGCUCUGACUUUAAAUUUGAUCAGAUUUGUGGGGCACCCUGCCAACAAGUAACCUGCAGUAAACAUAUCUGCUUGCUUCGGCUGAUUGGAGCAGGGGGAAUAAAUUAGGUGCAAAAUGAAAAACUGUAAAGGAGAUGGUGAUCCUGCUGCAGACAGGUUUGGAGUUGCGUUGCUAGGAAACUGCUCUGCACAGCUCUUGCUUAUAGUUAUCAAUAUUAGCAGAUUCAAUAGCCGUAUAAAGGGAUUUACAUUUAAAACUGGACAGAUCUAAACUUAGAAUGUAAAGCGCUAUUAGGAGCAGUUUUACCUUCUAUGUGCCGAAUAUCUGUCCGAAUGUCUGCUGUACAGUUCUCCAGUGCAUCAGGCCACCAUCAGUAUUAGAAAUCAGCUACUUCCUCCCUUCAGUUUAAUGCAACAUUCAGCAUUUCCUUUAGCUAAUUAUGAAUGUAUCAAGUUGUUUAGGAACAUUUCUGCACAUGAUUUGAAUGCCUUAAUGUAUUGAGCAAAAUUGGAAAACAUCAGUCUAGAUCAGGGUUGUCCAAAGUUGGUCCUCUGGAGCCGCUUUCCUGCAGGUUUUAGAUGUUUUCUGGUGAAGCACACCUGAAUCAGAUUGAUAAAUCAACAUAUUUGGGUAGCACUUUACAACAAGCUGUUGAGAUAAAGCAUUUAAUUUAAAAUGGGUAUGUUGGAGCAUCUAAAACCUGCUGGGCUUAGGCCCUCAAGAACUGGAGCUGGAGAUCCCUGGUCUAGAUAGAUCAGCUUUGAAGCCCUCUAUUGCAGGUAAAACCCUAUUUGUAGUUCAUGCACAUCGACCAUCAGCACAUGUUUGUAACGUUCACCACCUCGUCGGCAUCUUGCACGGACGUCCUACCGGACUGUGUUGCUCCACCGGCACAAUUACCCCCAUCUGUUAUUGUGCUCACAGAGAAGCUGACUGGCUGCCUUUCCAUGGGGCUUGCAUGCCUUCACAGCCUUGGACCCCUGCCAGCAUUGUGACUUCCACCAAUUGAUCUUUUCCAAGAAACAUUGGCAGCCAGCAAGCCGGAAAUCAAAGAAAGUAGAGUGUGGGGUGCAGAGAAAGGGGUCCAUACAACAGGAGUUCCCAUUUUGACUUUGAUGUUUAAGGUGCCCAUUUCCUGUCUUUCUAAAGCCUACUUGCAUGGAUCUGCUAUGUAAGGAUAUGACUGACAAGCAUCUGAUUAAGAUAAGGCCUAACAUUUUAAGCUUCAAAUCAAAAUAUAAAGUUAUUGAGAAAGUAUUUUAAAAUGGGGCCAUUCAUAAACCUAUCAGGCUGUCAUCUUGACUGUAACCAUGUUAUUAUUGUUAUUAUUCUCUGAGAGCCACAGAAAACAGGCACAUUCAGCAACGUGUGCAGUAUUUACUCUGACAGUCAUAAAAAAAACACACCCAAACAAGCUUUUGUCUCAAACCUCAUUUUAUCUGCGUAACAGCUUUUAUAUGAUUUGAUUUGAGAAGAAUACACCGUUGUUUUUUAACCAUAUAUCAGUAGUUUUAAAGGGUUAGUGUAUCCAAACUAAAAGAAGACAUUUCUCUAAUGUCAUAUCACCUAAGUUAGGUUUUAUCUGCCCAGAUUUUGUGGUACCCAUUCUCCUGCCAUUAAGGUUAACAUCUGGUGUUAUUUAGCAUCUCCUUGGAAAGAAACUCAAACACAGAGAGUUAUAGUCUUUAUAAUACCUACUAAUUAAUGCUGAGAAAUGUUUUUCUGAACCAACAGAGACAUUAUAGAAGACUUUCCAUUCACUUCAGUUGCAGGUUGUUGCAGAUUUCUCAAAACCUGAUUAAUGAAACCAAAACCAUCCCUGUGGCGUGUGAUAUGCGAGGACAUUUAGAUCAACUGAGCUUAUAGAGAUUAAAUAGUGUGGCCUCUACUGACGUAAAACCUUCCCUGUGUUUACAAUCAUGUUAAUGAGUAAAAGAAUUGGCACCUGUCCAGUUCUUUUCCGAAAUGGAUCCAACUGGUGUAAAAGGUUCAUAAAAAGUAGAAAUAAAAGGAGCAUCACCUCAGGAAAGGAACACAUUAACUCGUGCUGCAGCUGGUGCUCAAUAUAAAAUGGUGGCAACAUUUAUAGACAGAUACUUUAUUCACUCUAACGGGGAAAGCUUUGUAUGAUGACGAUGAUUUCAAAACUCCACCUCUGUAAAUAUGUCGUGGUUUACUGUAUGAAUGUGUCAUGAAUUUGUAGGAUGAGUGAAUUUGUGUGAGUGGAUGUGUUUGUUAGUCAUAACACCUCUGAAUGUGUUCCAGGACAGAUUGCUGGCUUUGGGGUGGGUAUUAAAAGAAUCUGGUCCAGGACUCCAUAUGUUGUGACAGGACAGAUCAAAAAGAUGAAAGUCAGAGUCGCACAUCAGAAACAGAUGGACGUGGUAACACAUACAGCACAUGCCUGAAAAGGUGGGCAAACAGAUUGGCCGACACAUGGCUGCGGAUCAGAUGCCUUCUGAAAAUGGAGGGGAGGGAUGAGUGACUGACUACUGUUAAUCGUGACUAAGUAUGCUGCAGCCAAAGUUAAAACGGUCCACGGAUAUCUAUAAAUUUAAUUGCUGAGUUAGUCAUUUAUUCAAGUUAAAAUAAUAAAUAGAAAAAAGUUCUCAUAGGUAGCCUGAUGAAUCCGGUUGAUUUAGGGAAAAUGUUGAAACUCUCGGCCUGUCAGGACCAAAUAUGGUCAGUUUUGUUUGUUUGUAUUUGGGCUUGGGGCCUGACAACUACAUAAUUUGGCCACAUUCAGGUUUGCUCAGGCUGGGUGGUUUAUGAAUUUGGAUGAGAUAUAGAACUGAUUCAAUUUCAGCACCUUGUGUUAAUAUCCUUCAGCAGAUUGCAAGACCUCAAUUAUACCUGGGCUAAAAAUAAAGAAGACGAAAAAAAAAAAAAAAGAAAAUAGUGCUUACAUUCUCAUCGUUUAUAAGCCUUUAAUAUUAUGUUUCAGAUCAAUGCCUUCCAGAUUAACCCACACACCAAGUUUAGGUGUCUGAACUUUUUCUUCGUGUACAGUAUAGCAGAUAUAUAUAUAUAUAUAUAUAUACACACAUACAUACAUACACUUCCUGCAAAUCUCAGAAAUUAGCUGUUUCUGCAGCACCAGCCCAAUCUGAAUUGAAACAAAGGCAGCAAAGAAAGCGGGGCAGUGUUAGAAAAAGGCAAAUGAAGGGUUGGGAAGCAUGAGAGGAAUAGUACAAGUGUAAGCCUCCAGAGGGGUUUGAAUUUCUUGAAAUCAGAAACACAAGCCGAGCUGGAAAGAGAGAAGGAAUGUUCCCUACAAUCACAGACUUUCCACAUUUGUAGUCUUCCCUUUUUGUUUUGGUUUGCACUUAUGGUUUUUUUUUUUUUUUUUUGUAAAGUCAAUCGAUAUAUUUUCCCUUCUGGUCUUUGUUUGCAACAUUUUUUGUGGGAAAUCUGAGAAAUGGAGAAGAGGUAAUGAGUAUCUUUGUUUUUCUAUUUAACUUUGUUUUUGUACUUUGUUUUGUAAAAUCAUCCACUUGACAACUUGAUUUUUAAUGUCUUUUGAAGGCGGUUGUGUGUGUGUGUUUGUUUGUGUGUGCGUGAGUGUAAAUGUAAGUUCACAAGCACUGUCGCAGCCUACUGCUCGAGUAUAGUUCCACCCCACUUCACAGAUCUUUUACCUCCUUUGAUGUCAGGAAGGGGACUUCAUAACAUGGUGCCAUCAUGUUAGCUCUGUUUUAAUGUUUUAUGAUGCCAUAUUUUCCUUGUGACUUUAACAGCAUCACAUAACCACUUGAUUAAUGGAUGAUACAUUUGAAGGUGUUUUAUUUUACAGAUACAUUUACAGAAAGACACAGCACAAAUAGACACAUGCUUUCAAAGAGACACAGUACAGCCUCUGUUUUAUACCACAGUCCAACUGUGGCAGUAUCUUCUGUUGGUCCAACAGUCAGACUACUAUAGGCACUCUGUCUGUAUCUUCGCUGUUAUGUGAUCGCUAUGUAGACUAGCCAUUGUGUGGCCAUAAAACAUGUUUGUCACGGCUCAGCCUCUCUGAAGUGGUUUUGUUUUGGAAAGCAACACAGGAUGAAGCUAAAUACAAAAAAAGUCUUGUCCUCAUCUUUUUAGUAAUGUUCUGUCUCUGUCCCAUAGCAAAGUGGUACUGGUUGGAGUGUGUAUGUGUGUGUUGUGCUUUCCCUCCAACUAGACAAAGAUGUCAAAGACCUACAAAAGAUGUAUGUACUGGCUAAAAGCUUUUUUUAUUAUUAUUUUUUUUUUAAACGUUGCAUGUUGAAAAGCAACACUUCUGCCUGCAAAGCUAUGAAUUGCACCUUAUUGGAGGGAUGUGGUUUGGGUUGGGUUUUUUAAUGCAUACAGAUGUGUGUGUGUAUAUAUAUAUAUAUAUAUAUAUAUAUAUAUGCACAUCUAUGGGGGGAGGUGUGAAUUGCAAUGUAUGUAUGUUUAAACAGGUUUUUUUUUUUUGUUUUGUUUUUUUUGUUUUUUUCAUUGUACUUUUUGUGUGUUACAACUGAUUCAAUCUCUGGAGUCACAAAGAAGCUACAGAAAUAACAUCUGGUUUCCAAAACUGGAAUCAUGAUACUGGUUCUAAUCCAUCUAAAAUUAUUACAACAUAUGAGUAUGACUGCGUCCAUAUAUUAGUACUUAAUGGGGGGGAAAAAAAACAACAAAAUCAGUAUGUAAAAACUAAAAUCUGACUUUCUAUGAUUCUUUGAUAAAGUACAUAAUACAGGAAAGAAAGGUUUAUACAUGAUGUUUAAUGAAAACUAUUAUCAAAACCACCUAAACUUAUUUUUUCCCAAAUUUUAAGGAGAAUCAACUUUGUCUGCCAAAUGAUGAAAAAUCCUGUAAUGGAGAGUAAAAUGUGACUACUUGGCUACAUGCUGCUGCUUGGUGAAGCAUUGUUUGCAUCUUCUCUCAUGCUCACUGGCCUGUGACUACUAGGGGGUGCUUUGCAUGUCGUCUCAUGUUCCACACAAAUGUUUCUUCUGACAGAAAACACACACAAACAUCUCCAGUGCAGCUUUGGCAGAUGACUGACGCUCGGCGUGACGCUGCCACCCGCUCUCAUGUCCUCAGGGCAGAGUGUUGUCUGCAGCCAAUUAACCAGCAGGGCUGCCUGCCAGGACUAAUCCUCUCCAGCCUCUCACUGGUUUACCAGAAUUAGCCCUCCAGUCCUUACACAGACUUUGUUGUGCCGAAAGACAAAAAUAAAACAGUUUACAAUGUGAGAUGGAGAAUUUGGGUGUGUUCUUAUUAAAAAUGUUGGUGAAACUGAAAGGGUUGGAGCAUGUUGUAUUUUUUAUAUUUUUUUCCUUCUGUAUGAUCUAAAUGAGAACAGCUUACACACUUCCUUUGGUUCCUGAUGGAAACUGUUGCUUCUUCACAUGAAUUUGUAAAACAUGUUUGCAGAAAGAUGGCAAGAAGAACAGAAAACGUUUAUUUCUGACCACAUAUUGUGCUGAUGUACAAGAACUUAUCUCAUGCCUCACUCUGUUCCAUGCACUGAUACUGAUUGUAGAUAGUUGCAUAGAUUUAUUUUUUAUAUAAUUGUCGCUCGAUUUCUUUUUCCUUUGUGCUGUUCUCUUCUUUUUUUCAUGGCUGAUGGAUCAGUGUUGGAAAGUGUCUGUGUGUGAGAAUGUGUGUGCUAUUGCUUCCUGUAUGUAUGUGUGGAUGAAGAAAAAGAAAAGGAAUGCUCUUUAGUUUUUGGCUCCUUAAUACACAUCAGCCAUUUGUCUAACUUCCUCAUUGUGCCAGUGUGUUCGGGUGUUCUCUCGUCUUUGCAUCUGCUCAUCCAAAUAAAGGAGAGGAACAGGAGAGCAAGAAGAGGAAGAGGCAGAGAACCUUUUCCCUCAGGGGGGGAGACAGACAUGAGAGACAAUACUUUUGAAAAAAAAAGGAUAUUUUUCUCCUCUGUGGGGUCACAAAGAAGCGUGUACAUUUCUAAGUUAAUUGAAACUGAAAAAAUAAAAACUCAUUUGUUCUCUA